CCACCCACCUACCUACCGAUCAGCUCGGCAAACUUUCCUGGGACGGACGAUCUGCACACACAGGUAGUGCUCUUCAUACUGGUGUAUUGGGAAUUUAUAUCAGUACAAGUACUGUUCGGGGUGAGGAUGGUACCACAGACAACUGCACUAUGGCCAGAUCUGUUUCUUCACAAAUGCUUACACAACUUGUUGGAGAAAUGAACAAAAAAAACAUGUCAAGCUACCAACCUCACAAUGGAUUGAUUAUAAAAUGACAGCAUUUCACAAUUUAGAAAAAAUGGGAAGACGACAGCAUACAUGGUUGUCCUGAAGGAAAGAAAACAAUGCUAUCCUGAUGUAGAAACCUUCUUGAUCGAGGCAGCCAUGGGCGAAAAUGUGAGUUUUUGGGAAAGCCUUGUGACCGGACAUCCUGUGUGUCCUGAAUGGAGGCAAGAGGCCGAGGGAUCUAUUUACCACCUGGCCAGUGUUCUGUUUGUGUUAGGUUGUAUGGGCGGAAGUGGUUUCUUUGGACUUCUAUAUGUGUACGCCUUCUUUGCCUUGAGUUUUCUCUGUACCUCUAUAUGGGCCUGGCUGGAUGUCUGUGCUGCAGAUGUUUUCUCCUGGAACUUUAUCCUUCUUGUGAUCUGUAUUGUGCAGAUCAUUCAUCUUGCCUACCAGCUGAGGAGUGUCACCUUUGACAAAGAAUUCCAAGAUGUGUACACUGCAGUCUUUAAACCUCUGGGGAUCUCAUUAACUAUAUUCCGGAAGAUCAUUUCACACUGUAAUGCAGAAGUGGUCACGCUGGAAAGGGAGCACUGUUAUGCAGUUCAAGGCAAAACUCCCAUUGAUAAACUUUCAAUGCUUGUGUCUGGAAGGAUACGUGUGACAGUCGAUGGCGAGUUCCUUCAUUAUAUCUUUCCGCUCCAGUUUUUGGAUUCACCAGAGUGGGAUUCACUUAGACCCUCUGAAGAAGGGUUUUUUCAGGUAACUCUAACUGCAGAAACAAAGUGCCGAUACAUUACCUGGAGGAGGAAAAAACUGUAUUUAUUAUUUGCCAAGCACCGCUUCAUCUCAAGACUCUUUUCAGUGUUGAUUAGGGGAGACAUUGCAGAUAAACUCUAUGCAUUAAAUGAAAAGGUGUUUGUGGACAGUGGGUUCCGAUUUGACAUCCGAUUACCCAACUAUUAUCACAGGGCGUUACCACAGCAAUCAAAUACGACCACAUCUACUAUUCGUGUUCGGGACUUUUCUACGAGGAGGAAAGCAGCCAAACGACCAUAACAAACUCUACUACUUUCUUACUGGCAUCCCAGAAUGAUCUGGGGAUCGAUUAUGGUCAAGACUUCUCAGCCAUUCAAAGUGCCACUAACUGCAUUCAUAAUCAUAAUGAGCAGUUUUCAUUCGUAUUCAGUCUUUUUAUAAUGUCCACUGUCUAUUGAUCUCAUUACAGAUCAUUUGAAUAGGUACUGUAUUUUAAUAAAGAAAAUAAAUCUAGGCAUUGCAAAAGC